AUGGGGAUGUGUUUUAGUACCGAGAACGCGGGGGAUGUGGAACAGAAGAAGAGAAGUCAGAUGAUCGAUCGGAGGCUUGAGGAAGACUCCAGACGGUUACGCAGGGAAUGCAAGAUCCUGCUACUUGGUUCCGGCGAGAGCGGGAAAUCCACAAUCGUCAAGCAGAUGAAAAUUAUCCACCAGAAUGGUUACACCGUCGAAGAGCUGGCCUUGUACCGGUUGACCGUGUUCAAAAACCUUCUGGACUGCGCCAAGGCUCUCAUUGAAGCAUACCACCUGUUCUCCCUCGAGCCCUCCAGCCAGAAGGUUCAAGACUACAUAUCUUUUCUGGAAGAUUAUCACGUCGACCCGGACCCCAAUACGCCACUUGAUCCCAAAGUGGGGGAUGCGAUCACAUAUCUGUGGAAUGACCCGUGCACAUCAACUGUUCUCGAGCGCCAGAAUGAGUUCUAUCUAAUGGACUCGGCACCAUAUUUCUUCGACGAGGCCAAGCGAAUAACGGCAACAGACUACACUCCCAAUGUUUCCGAUGUACUCCGAGCAAGAACAAAAACCACUGGUAUCUACGAAACACGAUUCACGAUGGGCCAAUUGAGCAUUCACAUGUUCGAUGUGGGCGGCCAGCGCAGCGAGCGCAAGAAGUGGAUCCAUUGUUUCGAAAACGUUACCUCUAUCAUUUUUUGUGUCGCUUUGAGUGAAUACGACCAGACACUGUUGGAAGAGAGCAAUCAGAAUCAGAACCGCAUGAUGGAAAGUUUAGUCCUCUUCGACUCCGUCGUCAAUUCGCGAUGGUUUAUGCGGACGAGCAUUAUUCUCUUCCUUAACAAGGUCGAUCUCUUCCGGCAAAAACUUCCUCGCUCUCCAUUGAGCACUUAUUUUCCAGAUUACGCUGGCGGCAAUGAUGUGGCUCGAGCAGCAAAGUACCUGCUUUGGCGAUUUAAUCAGGUGAAUCGAGCGCACCUGAACCUGUAUCCACACCUGACCCAAGCAACGGACACUUCAAAUAUUCGACUUGUUUUCGCAGCGGUCAAGGAAACCAUUCUUCAAAACGCUCUGAAGGACUCGGGAAUUCUGUGA